GGCUGUCACACCCUUGCAGCUGCUUUGCUCCCCCAAACUCACGUAUUCGUGCCUGUCAUCGGGCACUGGGAGUGCUGCGGUAGCGGUGGGCAUAGCCAGGAGCCAGCAGCAGGAGCCAAGUGCCAGAGCCAUCGCAAUUCAGAUCGCAAUUCCCAUCCCUGGGCUAGGAGGUCCGGUUCUGGGUUUGGGUCUGUUCGCGCGCCGCCAACUGAGCCGAGCACUGAAUCCCUUUCUUCCACCUUUUUGACUUUUACCCCAUCCACGAAACCACCUUGCGCUUGCGGCAGGGCUCCUUGACACUUCUCAGCUUUGUUACGUGCCCAUUCUUCUUUUCAUUCUCUACACCCAGAAAGGGGGCCACACCUGGUCUGCUGCCUGACCAGCCAGCUGUACAUCAGCCCUUGGCUGCUGAGUUUUCUCAGCCCCAGACCAUCAUCAGCCAGCCAGCCAGCCAGCCAGCCAUCCAGCCAGUCUUCGCCCCCCCAGAAGUCAGAUUUCUCCAACGUCAUUGGAAACUGGGGCCCAAGCAAUUUCCCAACCGCCAACCGCCAGUCGCCCGUCGCCAGCCGCCGGUCCAGCACUUCCCAGGCCUGCCUCCCUGCCUCCCUACCCCCAGCCGUCGCGUGCCCCGACACUUGACGCGCGACCUCAUCGCGACAUUGCCUUCCUUCAUCGACCCACCCAUGAAAGGUGUCAUUCGCUGCAUCAGGAAAGCGCGUUAUGAUGGUUGGAGGGCGGUGGAAGUGGUGAAGAUCUAGCUGUCGGCCCUGGACACGAUGACUCGCCCCUCUGGUGCGAGCUUCGCGCAGUUCUUCCCCGCGGCUCCAAAGGCGGCCAGGGAGAGGGCGAUGGAGCGCGAAAAGGCGAGACAGGAAGCCACCGAGUCGCCAUCAUCUACCCAUCUGGACAAGACCACCAAUGGUCAUCAAACCCCCAGCGCGCGACAAGACGAUCCUGCCAGCUCGAGAUCCCGCCGGGACACCUCGGUAUCAGAUCCAUCGCGAACCCCCGCUGAUGAUAUCGACACCAUCCAAAGGGACAUCCCCAACACUGUUGGCUCAGAGACCUCGAGCACAAGCAUGGCCUCCUCAAUGACGAACGGCUCAUUGCGACCCAACGGUAUUGCCGCCCCCAAGAGCUCAUCCUACUCUCAUCUCACCCCCUUGACGACCAUCGACUCACCGUCAACGGCCAUAAAUUCGCAUCCUUCAAAGCCAACCUCACACAACAUCUCAAAUCCCGACAAGACCAACGGAUCCCCGAUGAAUCUUGAUGGCGCCUGUGAGAAGAACCCCACGGUGGACAAGGCCGGCCUCGUACAUCGCGUACCGGCUCGAGACCCCUCACUUCGCAUCCAAGUAAUCAAGUCUACACAUGAGCCUUCCACCGAUCGAUCGUCGCGGGAUAAGAAGAAACCAAAAUACAAGGAGUUCGGGUUGGAAGAUGACGCUCCCCCUCCAGCCGAUCCUCGACUUGCCAAGGGCAGUCGUCUGGACUACAUCAAUGUCGAUUACCACCUUCCAAAGUCCCGCUUGCGCCAGUCGCCAUACAAUGUUAAGCCCUACGCGUGGGACUCCAAGACUUCAGUCGGCCCUGGGCCUCCAACCCAAUUGGUAGUCUCUGGAUUUGACCCUUUGAUCACCUUCUCCAAGGUUGCUGCCAUAUUCGCUUCGUAUGGCGACGUUGCAGAGAGCAGCAACAAGAUGCACCCCGAAACCGGCAGCUUUCUUGGCUUUGCUACUUUCAGGUACAAGGACUCGAAGCCAAACCGCUCCCGGCCACACCCAGUCAUGGCCAUUGAUGCCACGAAACGUGCGGUCCGAGGCAUGAAUGGGAAGAAGAUUGAGUCCAACCUCGUCCGAGUCGAGUUCGAUGCUGAGGGCAAGAAGAGUAGGCGCAUGUUGGAGGAGGUCCUGCAUAAAGAGCGUGAGAGAUCGCAGCCCUUGAUCCCGAAACCCAUACCCACAGCACCCAGGACACCGGGCAUCAUCCCAGGACCACCUCCAACAGCACCAAAAGGCCCUGCUGCAUAUCGACCGACACCAGAAGCGCGCCCCUUGCCCGUCGCGCCGCGAGUCUCGACCCUGAUCGAGCAAGUUCCGGUCGCCAGCCAACUCAAGACCGAGCCCUACAUUUUCGUCGCCCACGAAUACGUGCCAGUCAUGCCCACGACAAUUGCGCACAUGAAAAAGCGGCUGAAGAAUUACAGGUGGGAGGAUAUUCGCGCCGAUAGACUCGGCUACUACAUUGUCUUUCGAGACUCGUCAUUUGGACGCACCGAGGCUGAGAAAUGCCAGUCGUCAGCGGACGGUACCGCGUUCUUCACUUACAACCUCAACAUGAAGCUGCACUUGUUCGGCGCCGACGGCAAACCAGCAGUGAACUCGACGUCGCUCACUUAUAAGCGGCGAAGUCGCAGUCCACCUCGCCGUCCGGUCGCAAUCGAGCCGCCGAAGCGAGAUGACAAGGAGCGCGCAAGGAGGGAAGAUCUGAGGGAUUUGGAAGACGAGAAGCGGGAGAGAGCCAACAAUUUCGAUCCUGUCAAGGAGGCUGCCGAGGUGGUGAGACGGGAGAUGAUAGAACACCUUAUCAAGCACAUUCGCCAGAAAGUGGCGGCGCCGACCUUGUUCACGUUCUUGGAUCCCGCAAAUCACGCUGCUAACCGUCGCAAAUUCGGGAUCGAGGAUCCAGCCGGGGCCAAGACGCCUGCCUUUCUUUUCGAGGACACUGAAGAGAAGUCACCUGCCAGCACGCCCAACUCGCGCGCGGACCCGAUCGAAAGGCGUACCAAACAUCUUGAUGUCACUGCACUACCUCGGAUUCGCAAGGCCAAGAAAGGCAGUCUCAUCCGGAGGCCUGGAUUUACCGAUCCAUUUGCUCGAGAGCGACCGAACUCGCAUCGACCAGCCUUCCGUUCCCUCCACCAUCGUUUACAACACGCUGAGAGUGAUGCGGAGUCGGAGGACGAAACAGAAAAUCGGGACUCCGUGGCCAGGGACACUGAGGAGCCUGAGUCUCGGCCGCGCAGCCGCAUGAGCACUGAUGAAGAUGCAAAGGAUGACUUCGGCCAGUGGGGUCCUGCCGAGGAUGACUCAAUGACGGAGGCCAGCCUUGCACCAGAUGGACCAUUGCCGCGCAUCAAGAAGAGGAAGCUCGAUCUGCAGGUAGAGACUGCAAUCAAGCGUCAGAAGAAGAGUGACGAAGAGCUCUUCGGGGUCACCAUCGAUCAUAUCGAGACCGAAUAUCCUCUUAGGGACGCAUCCGAGGAUGUUGUCUUGGAAGAUGCAGACUCCAUGGCGGUCAACAUAGAUGACUCGUCUGUUGCUACGCAAGAACCGGCCUCCAAGACUGCGAAGAAGGCUCUUACUAAACCCAAGAAGAAAUCCAAGAAGCAGUUGUUUGAGGAGCGCGAGGCUCUCAAGCGACAGCAGGAAGAGAUCUUUGAAGAGGAAGCCGAGAAGAAAUCCGAAUCUGUCCAUCAGCCCACACCACCUCCAGAUCCCGAUUUCAAGCCCACGCCGCCACCUGAGGAUCCAGACAAGCCCUUACCAGAUCCAGCGUUAUACCCAGAACAUGUCACCAAGGCUUUGGAACUACCUGCUAACUUCAAGCUCGACAUCGAGUCCAUGCGGACUAUGCUCCCUGGGGAUGGUGACCAGCCAAAUGUGGCGAAGCUCAAGAAAAAGUUCAACGUGGAAGACAUUGGCGACCCGCAGGCAUGGCUUUGGAGAAGAGAUCGCAUCAGAGAAUUGAAUUCAUGGGAUGGCUCUGGUGAGAUCGUGGGCAUCGGAGGCUACUACGUGCCAAACCCUACGGGCUGUGCACGCACAGCAGGCAUCAAGAAGAUUCUCAAUUCCGAGAAGUCCAAGUACCUGCCGCACCACAUAAAAGUGCAAAAGGCCCGUGAGGAGCGAGAGAAGGCCGGCAAGGGCGGCAAGGUUAAGGGCGCCCUGGCAGAGGUCAGCAACACGAGAGUUGCACCCGACCACGUCGUGUCCCAGAGCAACGCCCGAGACACACGCGCCAAGCAGCGCGACCACAACUCAUCCCUUGAAAAGACGCAGAAAGUGUUCGGGCAGGCGUCGGACGUGUUGCGCUUCAACCAGCUGAAGAAGCGCAAGAAGCCCGUCAAGUUUGCCCGCUCCGCAAUCCACAACUGGGGCCUGUACGCCAUGGAGAACAUUGCCAAGGACGACAUGAUUAUCGAGUAUGUCGGCGAGCAGGUGCGGCAGAAGAUCGCCGACCUCCGCGAGCAGCAGUACACAAAGAGCGGCAUAGGCAGCAGCUACCUGUUCCGGAUCGAUGACGACACGGUCAUCGACGCGACAAAGAAGGGCGGCAUCGCGCGGUUCAUCAACCACAGCUGCGCGCCGAACUGCAAGGCGAGCAUCAUCCGCGUGGAAGGAAGCAAGAGGAUUGUCAUCUAUGCCGAGAGGGCCAUCGCACAGAACGAGGAAUUGACAUACGAUUACAAGUUCGACCGAGAGAUGCGGUCCGAGGAUCGUAUCCCUUGUUUGUGCGGCACGCCUGAGUGCAAGGGCUUCCUCAACUAAUCCUUUUACUGCUCUCCCGCAAAUGCCAAGAUAGUCAGCCAGUCGGUCGGUCGGUCAGCUCAGCCAGGCACCUUUCUUCUUUCUCGUGUGCUUUCUCGCAUCUCUCCAUGGGAAAAACACACAGAGGGGAGGCAGCGGCUCUCGAGUUGUCGUUAUGGGGCCGUGGCAUUGAUAGGUUUUGGUGUCGUUCAUGUGGAUCUGUUCUCGCCCGCUGUGUCUGAAGGCCAUGCGGUUCUCCCUUGUGGUUUUCUGGUUAGAUAUAUACCUGCAUUCACUGUUUGGGCCUUGCAUGCCAGCCGGUGGGGGGACUGACCCCGGUUAAGUAGGCGCCUGUGGCGGGCAUGUGCGAGGGAGGUAUCUUGGCACCGACCCUGAAAAAGGGGGUUCGAAAAAAAAAAGUGUAGGGCAAAGGAAAGGGGACAGAGGAAAUUUUUGGGUUUCCGGGUGGAAUGCAUAUCCCCAAGCUCAGAUGCGUUUGCGGGAGGGUUAGGACGUCCGCUGCUAGGGGACGGGCGAGACGUCCAUUCAGAAACUCCCGAGUUAGCAUAGACAGAGAGGUAGGCGAGAGUUGAGAACUGCAGGUGCUCCCAAGGAGAGAGCCUGCCCUAAAAGAUAAUGUGGACAACUAC